CCUCUCAAUUGAUAACGACACUCGAAUAACCUGUCGCACAUUAAACUUGCAACGCGCCGAACGUCGUCAGAUUAAUCAUUUGUAGAAGGACAUAUCUAAUCAUAUGCAAAACAUGUUUGUUAGAACAAGAUUGUUACAGAAAUUAUCCCAUCAAGUGCCUUUGAAUUGUAGGUUGAUGCACCUUUUAAGAAACAACGCAUAUGUUAAUGGAAAAUGGAUAAGCGCUGGUAGCAAGCAAACAUUUUCUAUUUGCAAUCCAGUUGACAAUACUGUUAUUACUGAUGUUCCUGAUAUGAAUGUUGCUGAUGCUCAAUUAGCUAUUGAUGCUGCUGCCAAGGCUUUCGAAUCGUUCAGUAAGACCACAGCCAAAGAAAGAAGUGAUUUACUCAGAAAUUGGUACAACCUAAUGGUCAAACAUUCCGAGGAUCUUGCCUAUAUAUUGACAAAGGAGAAUGGAAAAUCUCUUGCUGAGUCCAGAGCAGAAAUUAAAUAUGGAAAUUCUUUUGUAGAAUGGUUCGCGGAAGAAGCUAGAAGAAUAGACGGAGAAAUUUUACAAGCUCUACCUAACAGAGAAUUGUUUCUGUUAAGACAACCAGUUGGAGUAGCUGCCUUAAUCACACCAUGGAACUUUCCACACGCUAUGAUCACAAGAAAAGCUGGCGCUGCUCUUGCUGCUGGCUGCACAUGUGUUGUGAAACCAUCCGAAGAAACUCCGUUAACAGCAUUAGCGUUAGCAGAUCUUGCAGAACAAGCAGGAUUUCCAUCAGGAAUUCUAAAUAUACUCACGACUAGUAUAACGAAUUCUGUUGGUGUAGGUAAAGAAUUGUGCGAAAAUCCUAAAGUGAGAGUACUCUCGUUUACCGGCUCCACAGCUGUAGGAAAGGUUUUGUACAAGCAAUGCGCUUCAACCAUAAAACGACUUGGCCUCGAGUUAGGUGGUAACGCGCCAUACAUUGUAUUCAAAUCUGCAGACAUAGAUUUGGCUGUAAACAGCGCAAUGGCCAGCAAAUUUCGCAACAGUGGUCAAACGUGUGUCUCGGCAAACAGAUUCUUUGUAGAGGCUGAUAUUUUUGACAAGUUUGUCCAGAAAUUUGUGGCAAAGAUUCAAAAAGAUAUCAAAAUGGGAGAUGGUAGUAAAGAAGACGUUACUCACGGGCCACUUAUCAAGAAAAGUCAAUUGGACAUAGUGAGUAACUUAGUACAGGAUGCGAUUCAGAAAGGUGCAAAGGUGCAUUGCGGCGGCAACCCAUUACCGGAUCUUGGACCACUAUUCUAUGCGCCUACUUUAUUAACUAACAUAACUAAAGACAUGGAGAUUUACAAUAAAGAAAUUUUCGGUCCUGUAGCUGUAAUCAAUAAAUUUAGCAACGAGGAAGACGUGUUGAAGCAAGCCAAUAAUACACCGGUUGGUUUGGCAGGCUACUUUUUUUCGCAGGAUAUUUCUCAGAUAUUUAGAGUCGCUCGCAAAUUAGAGGUUGGUAUGGUAGGUGUUAAUGAGGGAUUGAUUUCAUGUGCGGAAGCUGCCUUUGGUGGUGUGAAAGAAUCUGGCUUGGGAAGGGAAGGUUCUAAGCACGGGGUUGAAGAUUUUCUUGAUAUCAAAUAUGUAUGUAUUGGCAAUCUUAAACAAUAAUUAUACAAGCCUGAUUACUGCAAUAUGUAAUUUUAAAAUAACAAUCACUAUUAUUUGACGGCAGCAUUUAUGACUCUCAAUGAUAGACAAUAAUAGACUAAUUCAAUACACUUUUUAAGUAUCACACAUACAAGCGUACAAUAGUAUACUUAAAGAUCCUUAUGUUCUAAACAUCUGUAGAGAAAAAAAUUAUUUUUUUAUUGCAAUAUAUAUAAUUGCACAUAUUUUAAAUUAUUUAUAUAUAUAUAUUAAAUGUUUCUCUGCUGUAGUUUAUUGCAAGCUUUUAUACAUAUAUGUAGUGAGAUACUUAUCGUUAAUUUUAAUUAAAUUCUUAAAUUUAAACAGCUUUAUUAGU